CGCCGACGGAACAGCGUCGCUAUAUUAGAGCCCAGCGCUGACUGACUGACUGCAGUUGGACAGACAAUAACUCUGCGUGUCACACAGACUGAAAAUAUCUUGAAAUGGACCACCAGGACCUGAUGAACUCCUCUGGGGAGAACGUGGCGUCUGCCUUGGCCAGCAUGACCGUCAAUGACGGCCCGCAGGAAGGUAUGAAGAACGGGAUGGCAGUGCAUGUAGGGCCAGGGGACAGCAAGGGCAAAGAGGAGACAGAGGGGUCAAAACCAGAGGUGACUUCUCAAGAGCCUAUGACAGAGGGUACGGAGCCUAAGACUGUCUCGCCUCAGGAGGAUGUUGUGUCUGGAGCAGGUGAAGACAAGCUAACGCCAGGAGAGAUCUCUGCGCCACACAGUGGCAGAAGCAGUGCGGCAUUCAUAGACGGGGAGGAGGAGCUUGUGAAUGGUGACAGGGCCAAGUCUGUUAGCCCACGCCAGUCCCCCAUGUCCCCAUCACCUGUUGCCCAGGCUGAUGGGUUUGGGUCGGUGGUUCCAAGCUUGGACAGCCAGGUGAAAAGGAGCCCUUCAGGAAAGAUGGACCAAAAGUACGGUUCCAGUGAUUCUGAAGAUGAGAGGGAGGAAGCCAACAAGCAUAGUAAAGAUGAGGGCAGAGCCUUUAGAUCUGCCUACGAGGAAGACUUAGCAGUGAGUCCUGGCGUGCCCCGUAGUGGUUAUGAUAUAGAAGAUCAGGAAGAGGAGGAGCAAGAAAAAGAAGAGGAGGAAGAGGAAGAACAAGAAGAAGAAGAACAAGACGAAGAGCAAGAACAAGAAGAAGAAGAGGACAAAGAAGGAGAAGAAGCAGUUCCUCUGGCUCAAAGUGCAUUUGUCUCAGACUUGUCGCCGCAGAAAGACGAAAGCUUUGAGAGCAAACAUGGCGAAGCUCCAUAUCAACCCCCACUGACUCCAGAGGAAGCGAAGAAGCGGGGACUGUCUUUUGACUACACCGAACCCCAGCAGCUUGGCCAUCAAGGUGCCCCUGAGGGUUGGGAGAAUGGCUCUGACAAAACCCCUCCAGAGAGCAAGAGUCCUGACUCCUGCAGGGCUGACAUGGGAUCCCCUUUCUCCCCAAGCAUUGCUCCUCGGGAGUCUCCCCUCACCGACCAACGGAAAGAAGCCCACAGAGACCAGCUGGAAGAUGAACAAGAAGAGGAAGAGGUCAGCAUUCCCACAGCUCACCCAGUGGUAACGGUGCCUAAGAUGGAGCCAGAAGCCAAGCCAAAGGAUGCCGACAAAGAGAGACCAGAGAAGUACUUGGAUACAACCGACGAAGAUCUCAUUGCUACUGUGGAAGCAGCACAGGAUGUCCAGACUAUUGCAAAACCAGAACCAGCGGCUGUCACUGUUAGUAAGCCCAGUGCCCCGGAACCAUUGGAAGCAGCUCCAACUAAAACAGAGCCUGUCAAAGAAGCUCCCGUUAAAAAAGCAAAGAAGCCUGUUGCCACAGUCGCCGCAACCCCUUCCCCCAAGUCCGCUACAAAACCCCAGAAAGCCCCCUCAAAAGAUGCUGCUCCAGUCCGAAAAACAAGCGCCCCAUCAAAAGCAGGAGCAGCGGCACCUGAUAAAAAUGCUAAGGCCGCUGAUGCUAAAACGAAGACCCCAGGUGCUAAACCUCAGGGAGUGGGCACCAAAAUCCCUGCUGCUUCAAGGGCGGAACAACGGAAAACGGGAGCAGGUCCGAUUGAAAGAGCUGAGUCACCAAAGACUCCGGACCGCAGCGGCUGCAGCAGCCCCGCCACACCCAAGUCUCCGGCCAGCCGGUCCAGCACACCUGGGCAGCAGGUAAAGAAGGUGGCAGUGGUGCGCACUCCACCCAAAUCGCCCGGCUCCCUCAGGUCCCGCACCCCCAUUGCACCGGUCGCCCCCAUGCCUGACCUGAAGAACGUCAGGUCUAAGAUUGGCUCCACUGAGAACAUCAAGCACCAGCCUGGGGGUGGGAAGGUUCAAAUUGUGCACAAAAAGAUUGAUCUGAGUAACGUGCAGUCAAAGUGCGGAUCAAAGGACAACAUCCGCCAUAAACCAGGUGGAGGGAAUAUUGAGAUCAAAUCAGAGAAGCUGGAGUUUAAAGCUCAGUCAAAAGUUGGAUCUCUGGAGAACAUCGGCCAUGUGCCUGGAGGCGGUCAAAAGAAGAUUGAGAGCCACAAACUGGCGUUCCGCGAGCAGGCGAAAGCUCGCACUGACCAUGGUGCCGAUAUCGUGGUCCAGUCACCAGGCAUGUCAGCGGACGGCUCUCCCCAACUCAGCAAAGUGUCUUCCUCCGGCAGCAUCAACAUGACGGAAUCCCCGCAGCUCUCCACGCUAGCUGAUCAGGUGUCCGCCUCCCUCGCCAAGCAAGGCCUGUGAUUGACCCCUACAUCCGCAACCCUAACGCUCAAUGGGAUUAAAGGGAGUAAUAUGGCUUGAAAAGAAACAAAAAAAAAAGAAAGAAAAUGAAAAAGUAUUUCCCUCAGUCUUUAAAAAAAAAAUGCGCUUGCUGGAUUUCCUAACUAAGAUUUGUUGCGGUGACUAGACAAGAUAUGAAUUUUGGCUCUCGACAGCUCGGAACAGAAAAUUAAAUAAUGAAUUAUGAAAUUAUUGGCUUGGUUUGAUUAAUUGAGCUGAAUUUGGUGCUGUAUUGAUCCAUAUGAUCAUUUACAGCUUGAGUAGCCCAUCUAUAUUGCUACAGUGUUAGGUACUUUUUAUGUUAGGCCUACCUUUCCAUCGCUGUCUCUGCUUUGUUGCCUUAUUGUCAGAGUGUUUUUUUUUUUUCUUCUUCUUUUUUCUAACGAUUAUUUUCCUUUCAUUUGACCUCAACCAGACAGGAACUGAUGUUUUGUGACUGUAUGCUAAUACAUAGUAAAGAACGUAAAAUGUACUCCCCAAAGAAAUCUGGGGAAGAACAAAGCCAAACCUACCUGUAAGAAUGAUAAAAGGAGGCUCUGAGUUGUCAAACUGCACUUUGCGCUGAUUUUAAUGGAAUGUUUCAGUCAAUAAUGCUGGUGCUGCUAACAGUGAAUGAAAGCGAACAGUUAGCAUCGUGAACAUUUUCAAAAGCAUCUGUAAUGAAAUCGAUUACUGUUAGCAACAUUAGCGUGUUGAGCUGUUCUUUUAAGAAACUCUAAUAUAGUAAUAUGAUGGGAUCAUAACAAUUCUUGCAUGUUGCCAUGCUGUGAUGUAUCUUGAUGUUUUAUACACCAGGCGCUUUGACAAACAAUGCAUUGGAAUUAGCAUAUCAACAAUUAAAGGCAUUAACUCUAUUUGGAUUCAUUACAAAAAAAAAUUCCAAUAGCAAGAGUAGUGAACAGAUUCCCAAACUAGCAGACGUGCCAAGCAGUUGAACUCGCUGUAUUUCAUACUUGCAGGUCUGAACUUUUUUGCUAUUGGACGUGACAUUGCAAGACCUGUUAUGUUGUCCUGGAUUUCGACCAAUCACAUUCAAAUAUCUGUUCAUGAUGGAUGUUUAACAUGCUACACUCACUCAUUCCAGACUCAUUCUAACUUAAUAAAGCCCUAAUCAGCACGGUCCACUGCGUGAGUAAAUUCUGUGCCCAGGCAUGGAUGUGGCUCAGUUUUUAACUAUGGUAGACCAACAGUGACCAACCCUGGUCCUGGAGAUCCACUGUUCUUUGGCAUCUAGUUUUAACCACAAUCUGUCCCAACUUUAUUAGCUACAUCAAAUGUAUUAAUACAAUGUGAAGAAGAGGACGUUAGAUGCAGGUUGGAGGAAAGGAGAUCUCCAGGAGGAGAGUUGAUGACCACUGAGGUAGACCAUAUGCCUCUAAAACACUCAUGGUGCUGUUCAACUCCCUGCCUCCUGAAACUUAGCUUCUCUUCUAAUUCACUGUUCUGCCUGCCUGGCGCCCUGCGGAAGAUGUACUGUUCCAAAGAAUGUGUGAAUGGACAAGUGCAGGUGACCAGAACCAGAUUAGUCAGAUUGGAAAGUCCAUUUAUAGUCACUCCACUAGAUAAGGGAUACACGCCUCUCUAGCUAGUUGACAGUGAUAAAGGAAAUAAUGCAUUUAUUUAAAAUACGCACUCAACAGGCUGCGGUGUGAGUGGCAAUUGUUAGUUUCUAAAAAAAAGUGCCUCCCUUUGCUUCAUUGACUAACAUUUCAGACAUGUAAAUAACGACGUUUGGAUGAGGCUUUCAUUUGGGAAAGGAAGAUGCAGCAGAAAAAAACAUGAAUGCCCUUUUUUGGAUAAAGCUGCUAUAAUAAACUCGUUCAUUCUAACACAUAACAUGCAAUGCAAUGCCAAACAGUCUUCAUUAAAGAUGCCUUCUCCAAAUCCACUGCACUCCAGUUUCCUGACAAGCAGCCAGCUUUGCUAGAUUUUAAUAUCAACUCAUCUGCCCUGUUCUCCCCCCACUCACCUGUCCACACUCCUGCUGUGUUUAACUCUACAGAGCGUAUGACUCCUCUUCACUUAUAUAGGGACCCUAUUUAAAAAGAUUCAAAACUGAAAAGAAAACUACACGCUUCAUGCAAAAAUCCAAGCUGCGCACUUCUUAACUAAUCGUAUUCUGUGGAUGUGAGAUGUAAUAGACAUGUAAGAAAAGAAUGCGUUUUCUUUUUUGUUCGUUUGUCAGUCUUACCUGAUAUUUAUUAUGCCUUUUUUAUAUCUUCAAUGCACCUCAGCUUUUUCCUUUUGAUAUUUAAAAAAAAUGAAAAAAUAAUGCCGUGAAUGGACAUAGAACACACCUGGAGCUGCCUCUUUUCCUCGAAUUUCCCAAUCUUUUAACUUUGCAAAAAUAUCUUACAUUCCAUAAAUUUGAGAAAGUACACCAGAAAAAUAAGGUGGAGUAAGAAAAAAGUUUUUACUAAAAUUGAAAAACAUUUCGCAGAGACUGGUAACAGGCCAAGACUGUACAGCAGCCUCUGAAGACUUGGAAACUUGGGCUGUCCAUAAAUAAGUGCUGAUGUGGGAUUAGAUUCCUGAAGAUCAUAUUGAGCUUGCUGGCCAUAAUUAAACUAGGCAGUAAUCACCAUAUGAGGGACAAUUAAAAAUUAUGAUAAAAAUUGAUGAUGGCCCCAGAGAGAACAACCCUUUUCUUGAAAUGCUUUAUUGCUGGGCCUGUAUUCACAUAGAUCCUCAGAAGUGCUGAUCCUCUUAUUUAAUAUGACUUCAUUGACAGGAACAGAUCUCACAUCAGAAGCUUAAUGAUCUAUGGCUUAAUUUUCUGACCCAUGUAAGUAUAAACAGUGGAAUGUUCAUAGGAAUCUAAUCCCGGAUGAGCCUUUACUGCUAAAUGCUUUAUAAACAGAGUUCCUGACCCCAAACCACUGUGGCCUGCACAGCAUGCUGCUUAUGAAAUGUGAGAAUGGAAACGCGUGGGUGAGGCACAGAGGACCAAAGUUGUUGGGGGGUGGAAACAAUAAAUAAAAGAAAAAUGUUCUCAUUUAAGGUGUUUGCGUAACAAAUGCAUCCUACAAACUCUCAAUAGGAAAGAGGCGCCUCCUCCAGUUUUCUGUUUCAAAAAACCAUUAACUACCGUUCUCUCACUGCAGUUCUACAGUACAUUCUAGCUUGACAGUUGUGAUUGUCCUCAUUCUAGUUGUGCGUUUUAUCAGUUGGUUUACACUCAUACUCGUUGCUGUAAACGUGGAUUUGGAAAUAAAGUCGGUAUUAAACAGCU